AUGUCUUCCUUAAGUUUUUCUCCUUCAAAAGAGAGGAAAUGCCAAUGUGGAGUACCCUUUGCAAGGUUAACUUCUUGGACUAGGGAAAAUCCUGGGAGGAAGUUUAGAUCUUGCAAAUUCUAUGAUCUAGUGACUGAAUCAAGGGGCUGUAAAUCAUUUGAGUGGAUUGAUCAACCAGAUGGCACAAGUUGGCAAACUGAAGUAAUUAACAACUUGCUAUUGGAUAAGAAGUUGAUGAAGGGUGAGCAUGCUGACUUAAAGAGAGAAGUUGAUGAUUUUUGUGGACAAAGAAGAUGCUUGCUGAAUGAGAUUGAUAGCUUGAAAUUGAAAUGCAAGGCCCUUAGCUCUGAUAGGAAAAAGAUGACACAGGAGGUUGAAGGCAGGAAGACAUCAUCUAUGAAUCUGUUUGUUGUGUUUGUUGUUAUUUGUUUUGUUGGUUUAGUUUUAGGAAUGGAACAAUUGAUUGUGAAAUUUUUAUAA